AGGCUCUGGGUGUAUAUAAGACGGUGCAGCCAGCGCAGAGCUGCUCUUGCUGCGGCUGCUGCUGUUGGAGCCAGGACCAGGGUACACGGGCUCAACCUCUUAGGACACAGAGACCAGAGAGGGAAGCGAAGAGGGCUGCUUAGAUCUGCGCUAGGGAAUCCUGGUUCACCUUUGCAAUAGAACCCCUAACCCUGUCCCCUGCCCCCAGACACACGCCCACGGUCUCUUGCACUCCAGCCCAGUGCCGCACGGGGCACCCUGGCAGCAGGUCCCCGCUGAAGGCGAUGCUUACAGGGAUCCUAGCUCCUGUUCUGGGAAGGAGGAAGUAGUAUCCAGCAGAAAAGCAAGGAGGUUGCUGGCUAGAGCCGCGGGUGACUGUGCUGCGGGAGGACACCGCCUUUGCUCCGCCGGACACCUGCUGCAGAAGUCUCGCCACCAUGAUCCGCAUGGUCUCGCUGCUGCUGGGAGCCACGCUGCUGCUCUGUGGCCAAGGAGCCUUUGCCCGACGGGUGGUCAGCGGUCAAAAGGUGUGUUUUGCUGAUGUGAAACAUCCGUGCUACAAAAUGGCCUACUUCCAUGAACUGUCUAGCCGAGUGAGCUUCCAGGAAGCACGCCUGGCUUGUGAAAGCGAAGGAGGUGUCCUCCUCAGUCUUGAGAAUGAGGCUGAACAGAAGUUAAUAGAGAGCAUGUUGCAGAACCUGACCAAACCUGGAACGGGGAUUUCAGAUGGUGACUUCUGGAUAGGACUUUUGAGAAGUGGGGAUGGCCAAACAUCUGGUGCCUGCCCAGAUCUCUACCAGUGGUCUGAUGGAAGCAGCUCCCAGUUCAGGAACUGGUACACUGAUGAACCUUCUUGUGGAAGCGAAAAGUGUGUUGUCAUGUACCAUCAACCAACUGCCAAUCCUGGCCUAGGAGGUCCCUACCUUUACCAGUGGAAUGAUGACAGGUGCAACAUGAAGCACAAUUACAUCUGCAAGUACGAACCUGAGAUUCAGCCAACAGACCCCGUUGAAAAGCCGUAUCUUACAAACCAACCUGGAGACACCCAUGAGAAUGUGGUUGUUACUGAAGCAGGUAUAAUUCCCAAUCUAAUUUAUGUUAUCAUACCAACGAUUCCGCUGCUUUUACUGAUACUUGUUGCUUUCGGAACCUGCUGUUUCCAGAUGUUGCAUAAAAGUAAAGGAAGAACCAAAACUAGCCCGAACCAGUCUACACUGUGGAUUUCAAAGAGCACAAGAAAAGAGAGUGGCAUGGAAGUAUAAUAAUUAACUGACUUUGCUCCAUAAAAUAAAAAUAGUUUUGUAAUUCUUGACCAGUGUAAGGAACGGCAUCAUUAGCUUGGAAUGGCUUGAAAUCUCAAAGGAUCUGCAAGAUGAACUGUAAGCUCCCCCUUGAGGCCAAUGUCAAAAUAAAUUUUAUAUGUUCAUAGUUUCACUUACAAAAUAUGCUGUGUUAAUCAUAGAGUGAGACCUGCUUACUCAGCUAAAGGAUGCACCCAAACUUCAUGUAAAUGAAAUGGACCAUGCAGAUAAAAUCUCGGUGGGCACAUCUGGAAUCCCUGUGUUGGAAGUAGUUCCUUUUGCCUUUUGUCCCCUUUAUCAUUUUGAUCUAUUUCAUGUA